UGUCCUGGCGUGUUGGCCGUUGACGUUAGAGACCUCUGUCCAGGAGUGACUCCUAUAACCCCAGCUACUGCAAACGCUGAAGGAACUUGGUGGAUAGUUCGUGCGAGUAAAUCAAACUCUGGACAAUGUGGACCGACCAACAACCAACCUCCCUGCAGGUGUACUGGGUUAGUGUACACCACGGAUCUUCUUCCACCCAGAAUUUCUAAGUACAACGCCACUUUGUUCGGAUACAAUACAGAGACCCAGGUAUAUGAAAUGCAGCAUUCGGUAACAACAAUCGUUGACCCAACUCAACCCUAUGGAAUAUUCUACUUAAUAGAUGACUCUACUGGUGCAAUUAAUGUAGGGGCUGCCUUAGACACAGAUAACCAUGAAACAUUCAUAAUAUUUUACUUCUGUAGUGUGUUGACAUCUGAAGGAGAGCCGCUGGUUAUCGUGCUCUCCAGAUCCAGGAAUGGGUUGUGCAGCGAGAGUCAAAAGAGGGUUGACGCUGCUCUCGAAGCAAACAACAUCUGCAAGGACAACCUUGAAUCAUUCGACGUAUCAGAUUGUGCUGAUAUAUAUGAUUACUGUUUCAAUUAGUAAUACCUAGAGAGUAUUAUGUGAUAACUACUUAUAAUGUUGUCGAAAGGGAUAAAUACUUAAGUAAUAUUAACAGU